CUCCAUUUCCUCCUGCCGGUUCGCCAUCGCCGCCUCGGUGCUGGUGGCGGCCAUGGCGUUUGAGACGGUGCCGAAAGACCUCCGACAUUUGCGGGCCUGUUUGCUGUGUUCCCUCGUCAAGACCAUUGACCAGUUUGAAUUUGAUGGUUGUGACAACUGCGAUUCCUACCUGCAGAUGAAGGGGAACCGCGAGAUGGUUUAUGACUGCACCAGCUCUUCCUUCGAUGGCAUCAUUGCCAUGAUGAGCCCUGAGGACAGCUGGGUCUCCAAGUGGCAGCGCAUCAGUAACUUCAAGCCGGGCGUGUAUGCCGUGUCCGUGACGGGCCGUCUGCCGCAAGGCAUUGUGCGAGAGCUGAAGAGCCGCGGUGUGGCCUACAAAUCCCGGGAUACGGCCAUAAAGACCUGAGAAGAGCUUGCCCCUCACCCCUGCCCCAGUCGGGCCCCCUGUUCUGCAUAUAGGGCUGGGCCAGACUGCUGCAGCAACCUGCCGGGGGGCUCCUCUGCUGGGUUGGUGGACUUGGAAGGGGCCGGGGGUGGCCUGCUAGGAAGGGCACCGCUCUCCUCACCCCCGACAGCAAGUUGAGUCUCCUGGGGAGCCACAGCCAGCAGUUUGCAAGGUAAAUGACUUGCAAUCUAUGUAAAUAGCUUUUAAUAAAUUUGGUUUUGGAGUCAGA